UCUCCCUAAGCCUUCUCUCUCCUUCUUUGGCUUCUUCUUCCCUGAUAAAGGCUCGUCUCUUCAAUUCUUUGCCAUUUUCUUCUCUGUCUUCAACCCCUGAUCUUUCUUCUCGCCUCCGGAACAUGUGCUUUGCUUUUUGUAAUAUAUAGGCAACAAGGGGAAGGCAUUAAAUCUCGUUUCCGGGAUGGGUGUUUGUUUGAGCGCCCAAAUUAAAGCAGAGAGCCCAUGCAACACAGGGUUAAAUUCGAAAUAUGUGAGCGGUGACGGAAAGGGUGCUAGCAGCGCAGGCAGCAAUAUGUCAGCAGUGUCGGUUCCUCAGACUCCAAGGAGUGAGGGAGAGAUCUUGCAGUUAUCCAAUUUAAAGAGUUUCACUUUAGCAGAGUUGAAGACGGCCACCAGAAAUUUCCGACCAGAUAGUGUGUUAGGAGAAGGUGGCUUUGGAUCAGUGUACAAAGGGUGGAUCGAUGAGCACACUCUGAUCCCUGCCAAACCCGGGACUGGCAUGGUUAUUGCUGUCAAGAGACUUAAUCAAGAUGGUUUACAAGGUCACAAGGAGUGGUUGGCGGAAGUGAAUUACCUUGGACAGCUUUCUCAUCCUCAUCUCGUGAAAUUAAUUGGUUAUUGCCUGGAAGAUGAACAUCGUCUUUUGGUCUAUGAAUUCAUGCCUCGAGGCAGCCUGGAGAACCAUUUGUUCAGAAGAGGUUCAUAUUUCCAGCCUCUCUCCUGGAGCCUCCGGAUGAAGGUUGCUCUUGGUGCUGCCAAAGGCCUCGCGUUUCUUCACAGCAGCAACAUAAAAGUGAUAUACCGGGAUUUCAAGACUUCGAAUGUCCUACUAGAUUCAAAACAUAAUGCAAAACUCUCUGAUUUCGGGCUGGCAAAAGAUGGACCAACGGGCGACAGGAGUCACGUCUCCACCAGGGUCAUGGGAACCUAUGGAUAUGCAGCUCCUGAAUAUCUAGCCACAGGCCACCUCACAGCCAAGAGCGAUGUGUAUAGUUUUGGAGUUGUGCUGCUGGAAAUGUUAUCGGGGCGACGAGCUGUUGAUAAGAACAGGCCAUGUGGUCAGCACAAUUUGGUGGAAUGGGCUAAGCCAUGUCUGGCAAACAAACGAAAGAUCUUUCGCAUUAUGGACUGUCGUCUAGAAGGUCAGUAUUCAAUCGAUGAGGCUCAUAAGACAGCAAUGCUGGCGCUGCGGUGCCUCUCCGGCGAGCCCAAAAUAAGGCCUGACAUGGAUGAGGUUGUCAAAGCUCUGGAGCAGCUCCAAGUCUCCGCCGAUGAAAAUGGAACCCGUCACAACCCUCGGCCUCGUGGCCGCAGAAGAAGCGCCGAUGACUUUAACGGUCGGAGGGCUUAUCCCAGGCCCUCUGCUUCUCCCCUCUACGCUUGACAGCACAAUCUUGUUCCUCAGCAAACUGUCAUACAUGUUUUGGUGACCGUCUAUUUAGAUUGUACAUAAUCUUAUAUUCAGCUGGUAGACAUUCUGUUUGAGAUCGGCAUAUGUAUCCUGCAUCCUAUCAUGUGUUUGUUAACAGUUAACCAUUACAAAAAUAGUUGGGAAAGCAGCCAGAAUGUAACGCAUUUGCUUUUGUAUGAUCAAGAUUGUUUUUUUUUUCUUCGGCCUAUAAAUGAUAUUUUGGGAGUUUAAUAAUAA